AUGUCUUCUCCGGAAAAGCUGUUGUCGGCGCCGGAAUCAAACUCAAAUCCGUCACUUCCGGAUGAUUUGCUGCUAAGCUGCAUCGCACGCAUCUCAAGAUUGUACUAUCCGACUUUCUCACUUGUCUCUAAGAGCUUUCAAUCACUCCUAGCUUCACCGGAGCUUUGCAAAGCCGGGUCACUCUUGGAUCACACCGAGAGUUGUCUCUAUGUGUGCUUACAGUUUCUACCUUUUCAGACACCUAGGUGGUUUACUCUCUGUAGGAAACCUGAUCAUAACCUACCUUACGACACAAGGAAUAAGAAUAAGAAGAAGUCAAGUGGAUACGUUUUGGCUAAGGUCCCAAGUCCUCAUCCUCCUCCUGUGGUAAUUUCGAGUCUCGUGGCGGUUGGUUCUGAUAUCUACAACAUUAGCGGAUACAAAUCACCUUCUAGCUUCUCGAUUUUUGAUUGCAUAUCUCACACGUGGCGCGAAGCUCCAAGCUUGCCAAUAAAGCUACGUACAGCUUCUGCUGGCGUCCUUGACGGAAAGAUUUAUGUAGUAGGAAGCUGCAAAGAUGGCAAUACUAAAUCCUUUAAGAACACUUUUGUGGUGUUUGACACAACCACACAAGUUUGGGAUCAUGUUCCCAGCCCUUACAGCGGAUUAAAACUCAACUUCAAAAUCCUAUGUCUUGACGAAAAGUGGCACGUGGGGACUAAGUCUGACAGAGAGGUGGUUGCUUACAAUCCCAAGGAAGGUAAAUGGAACCCUGUUGAAUCAGAGAUGUGUAGUUAUAGGGUUUCAUAUGGUUAUUGUGAGAUAGAGAACGUUUUGUACGCUGUUUACAUGACACAGAAAGGCACUAGUGAGUUCAGAUGGUAUGACACUGAAGUAGGACAGUGGAGAAAAUUGGAGAUAGUACUACCUAUUAAUCUUACUCGUGUUAGAUUGGUUAAUUAUGGUGGAAAGAUGGCGGUAUUGUGGGAGGAGCAUUUUAAUUAUACUGAGCAUGAUGAGAAGAUGAUAUGGUGUGCAGUGAUUACGCUUGAAAGGGGCAAAAACGGUGAAAUUUCGGGGAAAGUUGAGUGGUCUGAUCAUGUGCUUACAGUCCCUAUAAUAUGUGCUUUGCAAAAGGUUCUUGUUGCUACUAUUUGA